AGAAAAUGCCAUCAUCAUAAGAAAUCCAUAAAAAUAUGUAUUUUAAAAAGGAAGUGUAAUGAUACAUGUGCUGAAAAUAUUGUAUAUUAUAUAUGAAUACAAAAGUGUAAUAAUUCUUUUCCCAACGUGCGAAAAUGCGUAAAGAUAUUUCAGAAAAAAGAGAAGUGAAUGAAAAUAGCAAUUUGCUUGUCAUUUCUUUCUACUCUAUCUUAUUUCCAUUGUAUGUUUAAAAAAGUGAAGGGAAAAAAGUUUAACGUAUCACUUUAAGUACACAAAAAAAUUUCGUCUUUGUCAAGGAAGGAAGCAUACACAAAAGACAAGUGAAAUAGAAAUUUUGAGAAUAUGUUAUAAAGUGUAGGUGCCAGGGUAGGUGCAAAAAGCAGAAAAAAAGGAAAAAGUAAAUUUUUUAUCAGCAAGGAAAAAAAUAAGAAAUUUCGGCACACGACAUAUACACAGAUGAAAAAAAAAGAAACACUUUUAUUACAAAUUGUGAGACGAUUAUCUUUAGACAAGAUUAGAAAAGAAAAAUUUCUCAUUCUCAUUAAACGCAUAACGACUCAAAAAUAUUUCUUGCGUGCAUUAUCAUUUUGACAAGUAAAAAAGAAAGAAAUAUAAAGGAGAAACAAAGAAGAGUGAAAAAAUAUAUGAAUGGAGUGAAAAAUAAAAAAAAAUCUAAUAAGAUAAAAAAUAAGUGAAAUUUAUGUGUAGUAGCACGAAGAUGCUACUGGUGUAUCCAACUUGUACCACCUUUAUAUUAUUCAACAAUAACGUGUCAGAAAAGAUAAAUAUGGAAUAAAUACAAAUUUUUAUAUUCGCUUCUCUACUUUUCUCACACGAAAACGUCGUAGCCAGUGUUUUCAGUGGUGAUGCUUGUGUCAUAAACAACAUCAAGCUUUAUAAAAAGUAAAGCGAGAAAAAUUAAAUAAGCGAAUGAAAACGAAUUACACACAAGGCAUCCUCGCAUAUUGUGUGCAUACCUUUAUAAAGCUGUAACUUAAAACACGAUUAUCCUUGGAUUAACUGACGAUUUAGGCAAAAAUGAUUUUUGGAUAUCAUCUGAAUAUUGCAUUAAUAUAUUUAAUACUUCUGCAUAGUAAAAUGAAAGAAUCAUUGAGCUAUUCAUCAUCCACAAUUGAACCAGCCUCAUAUUUAGCACCGUAUUUUGAUAUGGAUGUACAUAGAAACAUUACAGUAACAAUAGGACAAACUGCCUUUAUUCAUUGUAGAGUGGAACGACUUGGUGACAAGGACGUGUCGUUUAUUAGAAAGCGUGAUUUACAUAUUUUAACGACUGGAACAUCAACAUAUACAAGUGACCAGCGAUUUCAAGUUUUAAGAUCAUUUGAUGCAAAUAAUUGGACUCUUCAAAUAAAAUAUCCAACUUUUCGUGAUUCUGGAAAUUAUGAAUGUCAAAUAAAUACUGAACCAAAAAUAUCUUUAUCAUACUCACUAAAUGUUGUAGAGCUAAAAGCUGUAAUACAUGGACCAUCGGAUUUAUAUGUGAAAUCGGGUAGCGAAAUCACACUAAAUUGCAAACUACAACAAGGCCCACAUGAUUUAGGUACAAUAUAUUGGUAUAAAGGAAGUGAUAUCAUCCAGACAGUCAUGAUACAUGAGAACGAUAUUAAUUCAGAUGACUUAAACAGAAUCAGUGUUGACGUUGAUCAAACGGAUGGAUUGAAAUCAAGCUUAAGGAUUCAGCGAGCAGCUCAAACAGACAGCGGAAAUUAUUCAUGUGUGCCAACAAUAGCAAAAUCAGCUAGUGUUUUUGUCAAUGUUAUAAGUGGCGAGCAUCCUGCAGCGAUGCAGCAUAAUAUUGCGUCGUAUAUUUCGCCCAUAAGCUCCAUAUUUAUAAUGUUCUCUUUAUUUUUACUCACAUUCGUUUUACACCACCAGCAGCAUAGUUUAUGCAAUGUUAAAGUUUUUAAUUUAAUUAGGUGAAAUUAAAACGACGAGAUAAUUAAGGGUGCUUUUUACUAUUAAAUUUACUUGGAACUAUAAUAUAUAAUAAAUGAAUAGGAAACGAUCUUCGUCAACCUAAAAUAGUCUCACUUAAUUUAUGUCAAGAGCAAUAGAAAAAUAGAACAAGUUUAAUUUUCUCUUUGUCAAUUGCAAGCAACAAAAUCAGAAAAAGAUAAUAAAAAAAAUUAUAAGUAAAAUACAGAUUUAACAGCUGCGACAAAAUGAGCAACAAUUUUCAAAUCAUUUAACACAAUCACUGAAUCAAAAGUUUUUUAAUUAACUGCAUCGAGGCACUGAUUUUUGUAUCAACACAGAUUGGUUUGCAAUUAUUGCAACUUUUCUUAUUCUUCAUUCCAAAACGAAUAUUUGAAUUGUUAAUUUUGCAGCUGAAACAAAAAGUUUUUGAAUUUAUAAAGCUCCGACAAGAGAAAUAAUUAAGAGAUUUAAUUAUAAUCCACAUAAAGUUGUAAGUAAAUUAGUUAAGGAAAUUUAAAAUUAAGGUCAAUAAAAUAUUAGGGGUUGGAAACUUCUACUUAUUUCCUUCUACUUAUUAUGCAUCAAAAACACUUUUUGGUACUUUAAGUUGCAAUCUACACAAUUUAGAUUCCUGAAUAUUAGAAAUGAACAACAAUAAAAG